AUGUCAAUGUAUGCAAUCAAGGCAAGUGCUUCCGAUUUUAAUGAUGAUGCAAUUGAGGAGAACUUGAAGACGGCCAAGCCUUACGAGAGCAUUCCCGGACCGUCGACUUUCAACAUGUUCAGAAGUUUCAUGCCAGGCGGAAGAUUCCAUUCGCUGCAAUUCUCAGACGUUCAUCGCGCUCUAAGCGCUGAACACGGACCGAUUUACAAGAUCAGGGGCGCUUUCGGACGGAAGGACAUGAUUGUCGUUGUGGAUCCGAAGGACUUCGAGAUUGUCUUCAGGACUGAGGGCACUUUUCCACAGAGAAGUGGACUUGAUUGCCUCGCUUACUACUGGAAGCACUACAAGAAGGAUUUGUAUGCCGUUUCUUUGGGUUUGGUGAGUGAACAGGGCCAGAGAUGGUGGGAUCUUCGGCAGAAAGUCAACGGCGUGAUGAUGAAGCCCCAAAGCACGAAGAGAUACACUUCAGCCAUUGACGAAGUUAGCAGGGAUUUUGUGCAGAAAUUACACAACUUGAGGGACUCGAACUUGGAAACACCAGCUGAUCUGUUCUUCCACUUGAAUGUCUGGGCAUUUGAGUCAAUAGCAAAUAUCACGAUCAACAUGCGACUUGGGCUUCUGAAUGAGAACAACAAAGAUAAGAAUAUACAUAAACUCAUGGACAACAUUAAGACUUUCUUCCAAUUGCUCAAUGAACUCGAUAUUCAACCUUCUGUGUGGAAAUUAUACAGAACACCAAAGUUUAAGCGUUUCAUUCAAUGUUGUUUUCUACGCAGUGUUAUAGAGAAAUUAGUGGAAAAGGGACUGGAAAACUUGAGAGAAAACAGUGAUGAAAGAGCAAAAAGCUCAGGAGAGAAAUGCGUUCUAGAAAAAUUAUCCGAGAUCAACAAGGACGUGGCAAUUAUAAUGGCAUUCGAAUCUCUUCUGGCAGGCGUUGAUACUACUUCUUCCGCAGUCUUCAAUGUCCUUUACAGCUUAGCAAUCAAUCAGGAGAAGCAGGACAAUCUGAGGGAAGAAUUGAUGAAGAUUCUGCCUGAAAAGGAUACGCCGUUGACAAAGGAAAAGAUGAGCAAUAUGCCUUACUUGAGAGCUUGUAUUAAGGAAACUUUCAGGCUGAUGCCAAUUGUGAGCGGUAACUUCAGAGGAGUCGGUCGAAAUAUUGUCCUGCAAGGAUAUAAAAUACCCAAAGACACUGGCGUUCUAAUGCAUAAUCAAGCUGUUCACAUGGACGAAAAAUACUUUCCAGAAUCAAAAUCCUUCCUUCCCGAACGUUGGCUGAGAUCACAGGAUAAACACGAGAACUACAAUCCCUUCACAUUUCUUCCCUUUGGCCAUGGAAGUCGAGUUUGUAUAGGACGAAGAUUUGCAGAACUCGAGAUUGAGUGUUUGGUGAUGAGAAUGGUCAGAAGCUAUCAUCUCGAGUGGCAUCAUCCACCGCCAGAGAUCCGCUCUUUGACCAUAAAUAUGCCUCACGGUGAUUUAAAGCUUCGUCUUCAAGAAACACUUGUUUAAUUCAUCUUAUUCUCACUGUAAAUUGCACAUAAAAAUUUCCGUGAAUAUUGAAUAAGAUCAAUGAAACGAAUGAAAUGUAGUUCAUUGUAUCCAUUUACCAACACUAUUGCACGAAAAUACACAUUCAACACAGUGUAAAAGGGCCAAAUUAUGUUUCAGACUUU